AUGGCUUCUUCCUCUUCCCGAUCAACCGCCGGCGGCGGCGGCAAUCCGAAGAAGUUAAAUUUUUUCGCAAACGCGAUGAAACAAAAGCAUAGCUUCAUUCAAUUUUUCGCCAUGACUGGAAUUCUUCUCUUAAGCAUGAGAUCCGUCGGACAAAAGUACAAAAUCCAUGGACUUCAAGAGGAUGUUCAUGAGCUGAGAGAAGAACACAACUCAGUAACCGAUCGUAUGAACAACAUCAAGCGAUCAUUGCUCGACGAAGCUUGUCAGGAUUCUACUGGAAUCUUCGCUGCUCGUCUUCGUAGUCUCUUCAAUGAACAGAACUGA